AUUUGGAUCUUAAAGAUGUAUCUGAUACAAUUCCGGUUUUAGUUCAAUGUCAAAACAUUAGUGAUUUUUAUGUAGACGAUCGAAGACUUUUUGGUGAUUGGUAUGGAGAGCGACGAAAAAUUUAUGAUUCAUCAUUUAAAGUUUGUUAUGAAACAUUCGUUAGAAAAAAGACAGUUCAAAUACAAGUCAUUCUCUUUUUAUGA